AUCUCAGAAAUGAGGCAGAUCAUUUUCUCCUCCUUGAGGGUCACAUUUUCAGCAGCUGUUACCACCAGAGGACGGGAGAGUCACAAUGAAGCCUGUGGUGUUUAUGAUGUGCCUGCUGGGUGUUACCCUGGCUGCCCCGGCUCCAGAUGGUAUAACCAAUGAGCAGGCUGCAGCACAUGCUAAUGAAGCCCUGAGGUGGAUGGAGAUGUACAGACUCUUCCAGCAGCAGGGAGCAGCUGGCAACCCGUUCCUCCCUGCAGCUGGUGCCAUGGUGGAUGCUGCACAAGCGCAGCCUGUGAAUGCUCCCCCUGCACCUGCUGGAGAUGUAUCAGAUGAAGAGACUGUGCCACAGGUUGGAUCCUUUGGCCCUGCUGCCACCCCCCUAAACUCUGAUGAGGUUGACGAUGAAGAGGAAGCUGCACCAGCUGUGGCUGCAGGAGCACCAGCAGAGCCAGCUGCAGUGCCAGACCCUGCUGCGGCCGUUGUUGUGGAGGCUCCUGUUGACGUUGCCCCCGCAGCUCCUGAUGUAUCUGUAGACGUCGUAGCCGCUGUGCCUGCUGCUGCUGAUGUCCCUGUUGCUGUUGAUGUCCCUGCUGCUGUUGAUGCUGCUGCUGCUGCUGCUGCUCCUGAUGCUGCUGCUGCUGCUCCUGAUGCUGCUGCUGCUGCUCCUGAUGCUGCUGCUGCUGCUCCUGAUGCUGCUGCUGCUGCUGUUGAUCCAGCGGCUGUUUGAUUGAUGCUGAUGGAAUGGCAGCUGCUACAGAUCCUGCUGCUCCAUAGUGGUAGACAACUUCUCCCUGUUACCACCUUGAGUGUCAUUCCUUUAGCAGUCAAUGCAAAAGUUGACAUGUUUGAAUCUGUAAUGUCUGUGUGCAGUCAGAAAUGGCAUU